AGAAUUUUCUUUUGUGUGUAUGUGUGUGUGUGCGUGUAAUGCCGAUGCUUUGGUGGAGCGUCAGUGGAGGAGUUUGUCAUUCAGCAUCACAGGAAUGCUGCACAAUUAGCCCCUGUUGUGAGGGUGGAUACUGCAGUGUUUCAUGGUCACAGAGAGAGAGAGAGAGAGAGGGAGAGAAGGAGGGUGAGGAGUGCUGUCGCCCUCCCACAUCUGACCCAGAGGUUGUGUAACAGCCGGCUCGUCGGACAAAUGGCUUCAAAGUGGAACCACAAGGAGAUACUUGAGGCAGCUGCCGCAGCAGACCGAAGCGGUUCAGCGACUCUGUUGGAGGUUCACCUAAAACAACGAGCAUGUGUGUUUUUGUAGUUUACUGUACCAGGCAAGACAUCGGGACAAACUUAGAAUAUCUCGCACAAGUUUAUAUCUUUAUAUCUUGAAAUGUGUGCAAACAAGAACAUGAACAUUCAAAGUGAACACUUAAGUAAAAGAAAACACUUAAAAUAAGAUUUUAAAUAAGAAACGGGCGUUUUAAUCUACAGGUGACAACCACUCACAUGCCAUUUUUAUUAGGCACACUAGCAAAAAUUAUCCUACCACAACAGUCCUGCACAGAAUCCUCCUUCAGAGGGGUGGUGAUUCGACUGGAUGUCCAUUUCGGAGGAUGUAGUUUGUGGUGCCGUUAAACUGGAUUGAACGGGGCUAGCCAAAAUAAUAGAAACACGUGCCAGUACAACACAAUACAAUUCAAUAGUGCCACAAACCACAACCUCCACAAUGAACCCAACCAACUCCUGCAUUAGUCCCUUAUUUGGUGCUAAUGCAGAAUACCAGAACCUUGCAUUUUCCUUUCAGCCUUCCAGUCUGUUCAUGUUCCUUUCUCCUGGCGUCGUUAUCCUCUGACCUACCUGCCGCGAUGCGUGCGUGCAGCUGGGUGUGCAGGCUUGGGUGUGUGUCCCAGAUGCUCGCCGUUAAUAUGCUCCGUUUAUGGGCAUUUCAAACCGGCGAAGGUGUGACCAGAACAAAUGAAAGCAGUGAUGUAAUGCAAAAACCAAAUGCGUGUUUUAUGCUUUGAGCCUGAAUGAUAACAGGCAGCUCUAGCAGGAAUGUGAAUGUAAAACAGAGCCAGGUGAAUCUCAGAACGCCCAUUCUUCUGUGUCUCUCCAACAGCUUGCGUGUGGCCAGAAUGAUGCUGCGAUGGCUUUGAUGGAGCUUACCCGCGUCGGAGCUUUGGAUCGAUAUCAAAAGGACCUUUUAAGAACGUAAUUUCUUCCACAACAUGAACGGGACUCAGAAUAACUACUGGGGACAGCAAGACCUCAACAGGAUGUGUUUUGGCCUGAGUGCUGACACGGAACACAACCUGAGGGAGCUCCAGCAGCAGCACAUGACCAAGGAGUUUAACUCCUCUUUCUCCCAGUCUCCCUUCUACUCCGAUACUUACGUACCGCUGCCCCACGAGGGAGACCAGGUGGUCCCUUCUUCCCAGAGACGGGCAGUUUUUGGGGGUCACCAAAAAGAAGCCAAACCCCUGCCGCCUCUGCCUGACCCCGAGGAGCUUAUGUCAGAUGAAGCAGCCGACAGCGAGGUUGAGUUCUUCACUAGCGACCGACGGCGCCUCUUGCCCAAAAGUUGCCCCAAACCCAUGUGCCGAGGCAGCAGCAGCACCAGCAGCAGCAGAGACUACGGCCAAGUGAACCAUGCGUACCAGGAGAGCACGUUGCGGGCCGUCAGCACUGGGAACGACUCCAUCGCUUUCUCUUGGCCGAGCAGAGAGGACAGAGCAGCAGGUAGAGGAGGCCGGUUCGAAGCCAACAACUGGUCGCUCUUUCUCCGGAGAGAAGACGACCAGGAGGUCGGAGAUGUUUUCGGAAGCAAACAUCCGGACCAACAUCAAUCAUCCAGAAUUCAGUUUCCCUUCUCGGGUCCUUCAGACAGACCGCAAAUCCCUCCCCGCAUCCCCAUCCCACCGAAACCCUCCAAUCUAUCAAAGACUGCGAGCACCAGCGAGGAAGACAGGCCGCCCAAAGUCCCACCGAGGGUCCCUCUGGUCCCACCCUGCCCGCCCCGCACCCCGAGCCCCAAAAGCCUUCCCAUCUACAUCAACGGAGUAAUGCCCGUGACACAGAGUUUCGCUGCUAACCCAAAAUAUGUGAGCAAGGCAUUACAGAGACAGCAGAGUGAAAGAGCGCCGCCCGCAGCUCAGUGUCCUCCCUGCAUCGUUCCCAUUUUGAAGGACGGCAGACAGGCCAGCGCCACGCACUACAUCCUCCUGCCUCCGGGCCGACCGGCGCCCGCCGAGAGGCGAGACAGACUCAUGAGCGAACCGGCCCGGACCGGGAGCACCAGCAGCUGGCAGAGAAGAUAGAAACGUCGGCCUCGUCCGACCGAGUACAGUAGUGACUGACAUUAUGAAUAACCACAUGAUACACAUCUGCUCACACCUCUAAAGUUAUGUUGUUGUUUUUAAUCUGCACUGUGAGGUUUUUGUCUGUUUUGACUGAACAUUUUACCGGUCAGUAUUUUUUAAAAUUUGUUUUUUUUUUUUUUUUUUUUUUUUUUUUUAGAGGCGUGUCCUCUAGCUCUACGCAGAACACAUCAUGAUACUACAGUGUUGUCACUAAUCGUGGAUAAAUACUUACCUCCUAUAACCAUUUUCAGCUUCGGUUCACCGCAGUUUCCUCACAGGAGAAAUGUGUCAUCACCUUUUUAAUGUUAACGUCUGAAUCACUAAAUCUUACUUCAUACGAGAGAGCAAAUAAUUGCAAAGGUGCAAGCUGGGCUUGAGCCAAACUGUUCAUUCCAUGUGUGUUAUUUUUGUUAUGACAAUGCUGCUUGAAAAAAAAGUGUAAUGUAUUCAUAGUUUUAAUGUUUUGCCAAAUCAUUUAAAUUCACCUUCAAUUUUUACAAUGAAUCAUGUAGCACAUAUUACAACGACGCAAGGAAAACGUGCUUUGAUUUCCAGUCUUCUAGCUUAAAAAUGCCUCGGUGGAUUCUAGUCGUAUUCAAGUGUUCGUCUUUCAAUUUCAGCUCCUCGUUGAUUCAUGCAUUCAUUUAUAUUUAUUCAUGUGUUAAUUAAAGGUACAUUCUGGGAUCUGAAGACAAACAAGAAAAUGAUCAAAACUCUAGAUUUGCCUUAAAACCUGCUGUCACUGUUGAAAUUGAGUCUUUUAAUAGACGUCGGUUGUGUUAGUUGGCGCAACUCAUUCACUUAUUAGCCAUUAUGGAAAUUUCAUUCCGUCGUGUAAGUGAGUCCAGCUCGUCCAGUUUGGACCCUCGCAUGUUUUUCAUCUGGGCGUGGAGAUUGUGUUUUUUUGGGUCCACGUUUACAGCCUUUGUUACACCGACCUGUUGGACGCUCUCAUGAAGGUCAUUGUAAAAAUUGUUUUUAAUCUAUUUAUAGAAAUAAAUAACUUAUUUGUUCUA